UCCAUUAUUCAUACAGAGAAGAAAAGAAGAAAUGGCGGCAACAAGUGAUGAAGAAAUGGAGUCUCUGCUUCGCUCUUUCGAUCAUAUAUACGAUGACGUGAAGAUUGGAAUCACACAGAUUCAAUCCUUGCAAUCAAAUUGCAAUGCCGAAGUUAAUAAUCGACAAGUUCUUCAACUCAUUUCCAAUAGCCUCAAACUAGAUAAUGAGAGGCUGACAAAGCUGUACACAGAAUCCCUUAACAAGUUGGCUGAUCAGCUUGAACGUCGGACCAAUUGCCAGAGCUUGAAAGAAGAAUUGGAGAGAACGAGAAUUGAAUAUCUUUGGAAGGAAAAUGAAUACAUGACUGCUAUGGAAUCACUUCAACAAGGUUGUGCUGCAAAGAUUAACGAUUUGGAGACUCAGAUCAGAGGCUUUCUAAUUCAAAAAGCCGCAGAUGAAGCAACCAUCAAGCAGCUCCAUGAAGAUUUGGAUCUGCAUAAAAUCCAUUUGGAAUCUCUAACAAGCAAGUUGGAACAAGUUCAUUUUGAUGUGGAAUCGAGAUAUCAUCGCGAGAUUCAGGAUCUAAAGGAUUGUCUUAUGGCUGAACAAGAAGAGAAGAAUGAGUUAAACAAGAAGCUCCAGAAUUUAGAUAAAGAAUUGCUAAUUAUCAGAACAAAGUUAUCCGAUCACCAACGUGAUUUGACUUCAAAUCGACAAGUUGAAACACUGAAGCAGAAAAUCAUGAAACUGAGAAAAGGGAACGAGGUUCUUCAAAGACAAUUACAUGGUUUAAAAGACGGUUAAAGGGUUUCGAAGGAGGUGUUUUUUGAUUACAGGCUAUGGUAAAAGUGAUGGUGAUCACAGUUGAAUACUUGUUGUAGUUAGUCCAAGAGCCCGAGUGAUGAUUGGAUUUGUGUUAUGUAGACCAAAGUCUCUUCAGGAAUGAAGAAAAGCCUGCUGUGGACAUUCUUUCUAGCUUCACUGAUAUAUGGCAAUACAGGUUUUUAUUUAUUU